AUGUUGUCUAGGCCUCUGCUACCCAAGACUUGUCACUGCUACAAGGAAAGAUGCCUUGUUUGCAAAACUUCUGAGCCUUUGCUCAAAGAAAUUUCUGAGAGUGAUGUGGAGACAUGUCACAGUGAUGAUGACAGUGAUAAGGAGAUACUCAUUAUUUGUAAUGUUCAGCGUGAGAAAGUGCUCCCUAUAACUGCUCACAAUAAUGAAGGGCUCAAACAAAUUAAUUCCAACUAG